AUGUGUGUUGUCGUGGCGAAUGCCUCGAAGCGGCUCCCCAGUUGCUUCGCUAAAAAAGAGAACGACCUGUUUCCUCUCAGACCCAAGGUGGACUGUUCGAUAAAGCUCUCGCCCGAUAAAACACCAUUUUCCUGUCCGUCGCCUUUGCACCUUGACUCGCUCCCGCCGUUGCCUUUCCAUAGACGGCGUCUGUCGACGACGAGAGGAGAGAAAACGCGAAGGCGAGGGGACAAAGGUAGCGAAAGGAGAAAUUUCACAGACUGGAGUGAAUCUGUGGUAAGGUUGUCUUGGCAGAAACCAGCGUCCGGCAAACGCGUGCCACACAGCUAA